GAACUGCACUCAGGUCUUUGCUUCCAAGUCACACACAACCUCUUUUGACUAACGAAAUCACCCGCGUUUGGACACUUUAGUGUUGUGGACAGACACAGAGCUACCGAGAAGGACGUUGGAGAAAGACACCAGCAGUGUUCGGCAUGGCUGAUCUGCUGAGGCUGCUGGUACGCGUGGCUGAGAAGGCAGCCAAUGUGGCUCGGGUGUGCAGACAGGAGGCGCCGCUCUUUCAGCUCCUCAUACAGGAGAAGACGGGAGAGGACAAGAACAAAAAGUUUGUCCAGGACUUCAAGACUCUGGCUGAUGUGGUGAUCCAGGAGAUGAUCAGGCAUGAUGUUGGUGCUCAGUUCCCUGAAAUGGUUGGCUUCAUCCAUGGAGAGGAGUCCAACAAGUUUGAAAAUGGACUGGGAGAGUGUGUGACCAUCACAGUCUGUGCAACAGAGGAGGAGACUGCAGCUCUGCUGUCCACUGUGCUGGACAGUGACCACACAGCUGCAUCUCUGCUGGCUCGAGCAAUCCACCAAGACCCAGCCACCACUGACGCCAGCACAGACGGACUGACGGUUCCUCUCCGCCCCUCAGAACUUGGCAUAUGGAUCGACCCGAUAGAUGCCACCAGUCAGUACAUAGAGGGCAGAGAGGAGGUCCUGGCGGAGGGUCACCUCUCUCCCUCGGGGCUGCACUGUGCUCUGGUUCUGAUCGGGGUUUACCUCCGGAACACAGGUGAACCAGUCAUGGGUGUCAUCAACCAGCCAUUCAACUAUAAAGAUCCCACAGAUGGACGUUGGAGGGGAAAACACUUCUGGGGUGUGUCCUUCAGUGACAUCAACAUCUGCUCCUUGUCUCCACCUAAAAUUGGAUGUGCAAAGGGGCAGGGUCUGUCAGUGGUGCUGAGCUCCAGUGAGAAGCAGGUGGUAAAAGAAUCUUUAACUUCGGUUUGUGGCCCUGAGAAGCUGAUGUACGCCUCUGGAGCCGGCUACAAAAUCCUCUGUGUCAUUCAGGGUCUGGCCGACGCCUACGUCCUCUCAGAGGGCAGCACCUUUAAGUGGGACUCCUGUGCUCCCCAUGCCCUGCUCCGAGCGCUCGGAGGGGGAGUGGUGGACCUGGCCAAGAGUCUGGAGUCCAGCUGUGAAGCACAGAAUCACCUGACAGAACUGAACUAUCACCAGCCUCACACUGAGCGUAAAGGAGCUGACCGCUGGGCCAACCACGGAGGCCUGGUGGCUUACAGAGACUCUUCUCAGCUACACAUCAUCAUCCAGGCUCUGAGAGGCAAGUUGUAAAUGGACCAAAAAAAAAUCAGCAUUCACUGCAGCAGUUAAUUAUAUGAUCGUAUACUUAAUACUAAAUAAUACUAAAUCAUGGACAAGAGGUAUUUUAAAUAUAUGGAGUUCGUAAUUUGAAUGUUUUAUGUUACAUAUGCAAGGUAUGUUUAAAAAAGGCUAUAUUUCAGGUCUGGUAUCAAACAGUUUUUGUUUUGUAUCAGAGGUUUAUGUUGUAGAGGUUAGGCUCUACACAAAGAUAAGUAAAUUAUAAAAGGAUAUAAAGAUGUCCAUGGGUUAAAAAGCAAACUGCCUUCUCACUGUAUUUCUGAUUUUAUAUUACACAAAGAUGUAUCCAAUAAAUAUUUAAUUUACAUGUCAGAUUUUUUUAAGGAAAAAAAAUGCUUACUGUCAUGUUAUUGAUUAUUUCUGUUUUAUCAUUACACUGAUUCCUGACCACGCUGAGUGAUCA